UCGCCUGUGGAUUUGGCCAGUGGAAGGUCAAGAGUUCAAGGUGGGAAAGAGGCUUUCCAAUAUGACACAGAUAAGGGGCAGCUAUUUAAGGCAGACAUGAGAAGUAAACUUAUUUAAGUGAAGAACUCAGAUAAAACGAUCCACCAUGAUGCUCUUAGUUAUUCUCAAUCUUCUGCAGAAGGUUCUUGGACUUGCAGGUGUAGCUCUUGACCCCUGCUCUGCCUACAUCAGCUUGAACGAACCUUGGAGGAACUCGGACUUCCACGUCAACCGGUCGUCCAGUGUGCCCCUGUGUGACAGCCACAUGUCUGGGGAGUGGUACCGCUUCACUGGCAUGGCCGGGGACGCGAUGCCUACCUUCUGUAUCUCUGAGAACCACUGCGGGACCCACGCCCCCGUCUGGCUCAAUGGCACCCACCCACAGCUCCAUGAGGGGAUUGUGACGCUGCCAGUCUGCGCCAGCUUCAAGGACAACUGCUGCCAGUGGAACGCCAGCAUUGAUGUGAAGGCCUGUCCUGGAGGAUACUUUGUCUACCGCCUUCCCAGGCCUUCUGUCUGCUUCCACGUUUACUGCGGCCAUUUCUAUGAUAUCUGUGAUGAGGUGGACUGCAAAGGUCCCAGAUGUCCAGAGCCUGAGUGCCGCUGUGCGCCGGGAACUGUCCUGGGACCAGACGGGCAGACGUGCUUGGAUGUAAAUGAGUGUGAUAAAGAGAAUGGCGGCUGUGCCGAGGCGUGUGUGAACACCAAGGGUUCGUGGCGUUGUGAGUGUGGACGAGGACGUGUGCUGGAUGAGGACGGACGCAACUGUAGAGAGAUUGCAGGUUGUCACGUCAACAACGGCGGAUGCAGCCACGUCUGCUCCCAGAUGCGAAACUCCUAUCAGUGCAGCUGUCCCCGAGGGCUGGAGCUGGGAGAAGAUAAAAGCACAUGCCAGGUGCCAGUCCGGUGUGAUCCCAGCUCGAUUACGGUGUCAGUUCCUAAAGACCUUGUUGGAGGUCUGGAGCUUUCACUGACAAACUCUUCCUGCCAAGGAGUCUCCAAUGGCACCCACAUCAACCUGAGCUUCAGCCUCAAAACCUGUGGCACAGUGGUGAAGGUGACAGAAAACAAGAUAGUUGGGACCAACCUGGUGACGGGCCUGCCCAAGAGCAUCCCCGGCAGCAGCAGGGACUUAAUAGUCCGAACCGGCAAGUUAUUGCUCCCGGUGACAUGUGAGUUCCCCAGGGAGUACCAGGUGUCGGACGGGUACCAGGCAACUCUGCAGGGCUCGGCCUUGGAGCUGGAGAGCCACAGCGAGGGCGUCUUUGGGUUUAACUUGGAGCUGUUCAAGAACGCAGAGUUCUCUGAGCCCUACCGCAGCCCGCCGCAGCUCCACCUCCACGACUCGCUUUUCUUUGGGGUGGAGCCGAAGGAGAGAGUGGAGGGCCUCUCGGUCCUGGUGGAGAACUGUUUCGCUACUCCAGGACCCAAAGCCAACCAGGCCCUGAAGUAUUACCUCAUCAAAGAUGGAUGCAUCUCAGAUGAAACGGUGACACAGUAUUCAUCAAAGGACCAGCUCUCCAAGCAUUACCACGUCCCCGUCUUCAAGUUCAUUGGCAAGGACAGCCAACAAGUGUUCCUCCACUGUCGGGUGUUGGUGUGUGGGUCAGGAGACACCCGCUGCACCCAGCGCUGCCGUGGACGUGCACGACGGGAGAUUUGGAUUAGAAACGAUCAGCAAAAGCAAACAUUGAACAAAGGACCUAUUUACAUCAUACCUUAGACGAGUGUCUCUAAA